GAGGCGGGGCUUCGGCUUCGCGCAGAGUGAUAGGAGAGCUUCCGCUUGGGAAGAGCGCGGCUCCUGCGCUACGUGGGUUCUGAGACUGGCUAGCUCUCGAGGCUCCUACGGUUUGCGCUGACGCGACCAAGCCAUCUGCACUCCUGGGGUUCUUACAUGCCAUUCCCCUCAAAAUGAGUGUUAGCAUCACUUUCUUAAGACCUUUUACUAGGCUUUCAGUACCAUUUACCUUACAGACAAAAAGAAGGAUUUUAUAUUCGACAGUGCUACAGAGAUACAUGUGUUCCAAAACACCAACCAUGUCCAAUCCUGAGAAGGAAAUCACAUCACCUCCUGAACAGUCUGAACAGUUGGAAUUGGAUAAAUGGAAAAUUACAAUGAAAUCUAACACUCAAGAAGAAGCUGUUCCUACAGUGUUGAGUAGCAAAGCUGAAGAUCCUUUAGCUGCCACCAGAGAAUUAAUUGAGAUGUGGAGAUUGCUUGGUAAAGAAGUGCCAGAAUUUAUCAGUGAAGAAGAGCUCAAAACCACUACAGACCUUGUUUCUCAGUCAUCGAAAAAGAAAUAUUUAAGAUACUUGUUUCUUAAGGAAAGAGCGAAAAAGGCUAAGCUAAUAAAGAAGGAAAUCAAAGCAGAAGCAAGAAAAGAGAAACUGCUAGAAACUCCUGAGAAAGAUAAACAAGAUUUCAUGUUUCUACGGCUUUGGGAUAGGCAUAUUAACAGUGCAAUGGGCUGGAAGGGUGCCCAAGCCAUGCAGUUUGGACAGCCUUUAGUUUUUGACAUGGCUUAUGAAAAGUAUAUGAGGCCAGUAGAAAUGAAAUAUACUGUUUCCCAACUUUUAGAAAGUGAAGGAUGGAACCGAAAGAAUAUUGACCCUUUCCAUUUAUUUUUCUGCAAUCUUAAGAUAGAUGGUGAUUAUCAUAGAGAGUUGGUUAAACGAUAUAAAGAAAAAUGGAACAAAUUGCUCAUAACAACAACAGAAAAAUCUUAUUUAGAUUUAUUCCCAAAGGAUAGUAUUAUAUAUUUAACUGCAGAUUCUCCCAAUGUCAUGACUAAUUUCAAACAUGACAAAAUUUACAUAGUUGGAUCUUUUGUUGAUAAGAACAUAAGCCCAGGUGUAUCCUUAGCCAAAGCAAAACGACUGCAGCUGUCAACAGAACGCCUCCCUUUAGAUAAGUAUUUACAGUGGGACACUGGUUCCAAAAAUCUCACAUUAGAUCAAAUGAUACGUAUUUUGUUAUGUCUGAAAAACACUGGUGAUUGGAAAGAGGCUCUGAAAUUUGUUCCUGUAAGAAAACACUCUGGUUACAUGGAUAUUUCUCAGCAGUCUAUAGAGCUUAUCAACACUCUGAAGAAAACAAAGACUUUUAAUUCACUUCCAACACAGUUUCUAAAUAGUCGCAGACAGAAAAAGUGGCAUAAAUGAUAAUACUUAGUAAUUAAAAAAAAAAAAGCCCCAAGAAAAUGGGUUGUAAAUGCAGCCUUAGUUGUCUGUGUCUUCCUGAAUGGAAUUCACUUUUCUUUCUUUUAAAGGUUGUGUUUCUAAACUAACUGAAGCUUCUCUUCCAUACUAAAUCACAAAAACUUCUGGGGCUAUGUUUUGUUUACUAUUAAAAAAUUUUUAAAUAACCUUG